AUGGAAAAUCAAUUCAAUGCAAAAUUAGAAUGUGUUACGGAUUUUAGCUUAUUUGAAAAAUUAAAAAAAUCGAUCAUAAAAGACAAUGUGAACGAACUGUACAUAUCCUCGUUAAGAUCCAUUUUGGAAAAGUUAAAGGACCCGGUUGUUGAUACCAGUCACAUCAUUUGCAAUCACCAGUAUGCAGAAGCGGUUCUCUUUUUUUACGCAACUUUAAUUAUUGAAAAAUAUGAAUUCGUUUCUGUCUUUUGUGAAGAUAUAAUUUCAAGGAACAGAUUUGAAGAUGUAGUGGAAAAUUUAAAGAGAAUAAAAGUGAAACAUGUGGAGAGUUUGAGUAAGAUAAAAAAAAUAAUUAUUGAAAAUAUAGACAACUGUGAAAAGUGCUUGAUGAUUUAUUAUCUGUUGCAGAAGGAAUUCUUAGAAAUGAUGUCCAUGUUUACAAAAAAUGAGGAAGCAUUAAUAAAUUUCGUGAAAAGAGAAAUUUUCAAGUUCAAUUUUAAUCGACUAUUUAAUAAGAUAAUUUGUCCUGUGGAGUAUGACAAGGUCGAUUCUGUUGUACUAGAGCUUAUGCUAAAUGGGGGGAAAAUAUUUCAAGUGAAUGAUAAUUACCAGUUGGAGACGAGCCAAAUAAAUCAGGAAAACCUGAAAUUAUUCACGGAGAAAUUUCUAAGUUUAAAAAAUGACAGUAUAUAUGAUAUUAUAAAAAAGUAUGCCCACCAUGAGUCGCUAAUUUUUCUUUGCAAUCUUGUCCACAUGGAAUUUAAGAAGUGUAAAAAAUUGUUAACAAAAGUGAAUGGUGAAAUGUGUAAGAAGGUAGGUUAUCCAAAUGAUGACUUAAAAAAUUGCAACGAGAACGAAUCGGAAGAAAAUUGGGAUAACUAUAAUAUCACAGAAAAUUUGCAGUCAUAUGUGUAUGUACAUAUAUUCCUCCUUUUCCAACAUAGGGAAGUGGAAAAUAGUAUAAUAAAAGUUCUGAAGGAUAAAAUUAUCCUUUACUCGUUAAUGCUGAACGCGCUGAGAUAUGCGGAUAAUUUUGUUCAGUUGAUAAUUUUCAAAAUUAUAAAUUUUACUUUUAUAAAUGACGACAACUUUUUAAAUGAUUCAAAUAAAAAAUUGAUAAUAUCCAUUUUGUCUUACUGGGUCAAGCUAGCAGACGCUUGUAUUAUUAAAAUGAUAAACACGAGUUUGCCUGAGGGGAAUGUCGGUUCGAAUGUGCAAAAAACUGAUAAUUUUUUUUUAAAAAAAAAAUUUUCAGACUAUGACAUAUUGAAGUAUAUACAGUGUUUAAUCAGUGCAAUAUAUCUACUAUCCCUUAUUAAGAGGAGGAGCAAAACGGAAGCGUCUAAUUUGUUAGCGGAACAAUCAACUCUGCAAAAGUAUAAGCACAGUAUGGCCUUUUAUAUGAAUGAAUAUAAUUUAGAGAGCUUAUCCUUGAAGGUCUUUUUUACAAAGAAUGACGUGUAUGACUAUUUCUUGGGUAUCCUAUUUUCAGAAAAUAAAGAAGUAAUUAAUAAGCUGUUUAAUUUAAUAUUCAAGCUGUUGCACUUUGUAAAAAAUUCCAAGUUGUACAUUUCGAAAAACACCAAUAUAAAGAAUAAAUAUUUUGAGGAAGCCACUACAUUUUCUUGCAUAAAUAUUGUGUACAUUUUGGACGUGACGAAAAGGAUGUUUUUGAAUUCGUUCGAGGUUGAUGAGUAUACAAAAAAUUUGUACAAAAAAUGUCUGAGAGAGAGAAAAAACGCCUUUGAUUGCAUUGUUUUGCAUUCCUUUCCGCAAUUUAUUAGCCACAGGGAUUACUACAUGCGUUUGUACGCAAUUAAGGUUUUGUCAACCCUUUUGUCUGAUUCUGCCAUUCGGGAUUCACUGGAGAAGAAUACAAUUUUUGAAAUCUUCGAUUCGCUCAUGAGCAUGAAGUUCCAUAGCGAUCAACAGAAAAGGAACGAUGAGAGGAAGAACGUAAAUAUUUUGCUACUGCUCCUGUUGAAGGCAAAUAUAAGGGACAGCAAAUAUUCCAGUAAAACGACAAAUAUAAUAUUUAGCGAUAAACAGAAAGAUGUUAAGAAGUACAUUGCAUCCAUAUGCGAUGAUGGUUUCCCCCUUCUAGAUUUGAAAACCAUGUUUGAAAAUUUUUUUGUCUUGUUUGUAAAAUUAAUCAACGUUAUUUUAAAAAGGGUGUUGUCCCUUUUGGAGAUAGAAAAGUAUAAAGUGCUAUUUAUGAAUGUCUUCGAAAUUGUAGAACUGUUUAUGAAAGAAUUAAAAAAGGAGAAGAGCAAAAAAUGCAGAUCCUUUUUUUUUUCCGCAGCUAUGUAUUUUUCGCACGUGAUUUCGAAUAGCAUAUAUAAGUCCAAGGUGCAUUCCUCUGUUCCUUUUCUGAAUAAGGUUUUUAGCUUAAUUAAAAAUAUUGAAAAUUACGUAGAUUUGAUGUAUGAUGAUUUGGUUACGUUUAAGGAUGCACAGGAGGAGCUCUCCGAUGCGGGUACGUAUGAAGAAGAACUAUCUGAGGAUGGAACUUAUGAGGAGGGGGUAACUGAAGAGGGGCUGUUUGACGAAGGUUUAUCAGAUGAUGAGGUGUAUUAUUCUAGUGAUUCAAAUUCAAAGAGCAUAAAGGACAUGCACAUGCUCUAUUUUUAUAGUAACGCGUUUUGUGAGGACGAAAAGGGGGGAGAGAAGAAGGGAUCAAUUGCUGCUACCCCGGAUAGGAACAGCACGAGCAAUCGGAACGGUGGCGCCACUGGGGGUCUGCUGCACCCUGUUAACAAAGAGGAAGUAGAGAGUUCCAACUCAAAUGGAUUAAGCAGGUUCAAAGUUUUCAUGAAUAGAUCAAUUACAAAGAGCAAAGUGAAUGAAGAAGGGAUUUACAACUACAUGCACAGUUUUUUUUUUCUAUGCGUAAGUAAUGCAAGUAUGAAAACUAGGAGGCAUGUGGUAAAAUCGUACGACCUGAUCACGAAGUAUAUCAUGAAGGAUGAAUACAGAUUAAAUAGAGUCAAAAAGAAAAGCGGAAUUUUUUCUCCGCCAGUUGUAAUUAUUAGAGAUGUGGAGAACGAAGACAAAAGGUAUAAUAUAACAGUUGAUAAAUAUGACUAUAUAUUAAAAAGCUACAUAGUGGACUUUUUCAAAUCGAAAAGGUACAUGUACAUUUUUUUAUUGUCAGUCUUCCAGUUUAGUAACAUAAUGAUUUUGUAUUUAAAAAAAACAAAUUUCAUAAGCAACGAUUUUGAUGAAAAAUUUGAUGUGCUAGAAUGCUUCAUGCUGGUAAAUUCGAAGACUUGGUUUUAUCUGAAUGUUGCGAUUGAAUGUGUACAGAAAUAUUUGAACAGGAGAAAAGUGGAUCAGUUCUUACUGCGAAUCCUUAAUUUAAUAAUAGACAACGUGUGGAAAAUUAUCAUAUUCAUGGUUUUUAAUAUAAAAAUAAAAACCUUUUCGAUAAAGUCCAAAACACAUUCUAUACGUAUUUUCUCAAGAGACUCUUUUUUUUUUUUUCUGAACUUUUUUUCCACAUGGAUUUUGUUCAUCAGAAAAUUUUAUUCAAAAGGGGAACCUUUUCCCCCGGAUGUUAUACUACCUGAAUUAUUCUUCAGGAAAUUUAGCAGUCUCUCUAUGCAAAUUUUAACCAUCUUCAAUUUUGUCGAAUCGAACUUGUCCUCACUUAGUCAUCAUGAAACGAAUGCAUCAUUGUUAAUAAAGCAGAAAGAAAUUAUGGGCAACAUCUUAGAUGCAUUGAUAGGUCUAGCAAAAGAUAAAGCACCCCCUGGACAUGAGAGCGAUUUGAAUAAUCUUCUCCAGUUUAAACUAAAAUUGAACAGUUUGGCAACACCAAAAAUUGUCCAGGAACUGACUCAUGUCUGCGACUAUGAAGCAGUGUUUACUAAAACGAAGCAAAUGUUAAUCCGUAAGGAGAAAAGGAAUGAUUUAUUCGUUCCAGGACCAGAGGCUACGGAAGGAAGCAGCACAGCAUAUCUGGCCCCCAACGCAGCGAACCUAGCGAACAAUAACGACCCCAGUCGCAAACUGCACACGCGCUCCGGACAGGAGUAUAACUCGGAUGGUUUUACGUGCAGAAACGCGAAGGAGUUUGAAGCAGGAAGAUCGAGAGCAACAUUGGGAGCAACAUCAGAAGUAGCGUCAGGAGUAGCGUUAGGAGUAGGUUCAGGAAUAACGUCAAGAGCAGUGUCCAGAUCGGCAUCCAGGUCUCACUCACCCUCUAACAGCCAAAGUUCAAAGGAUGGCAAAUGCAAAGAAGUUGAAGGAAAAGAAAACCAAGCUAAUUUCGACAACUUGUCAGAGGAAAUGAGAAAAGAAGCAGCCUUAGAGAGGGCCAAAAAAAUUUUAGAAAAAACGGCUGCCUUCAAAACACAGAAGAGAGCCAUCGUACUGAAUGAAGCAAAUGCGAAGAAUAACAAACAUGAAUAUUUUAAAGAGAUGAAGGGAAAGAGAUUGGAAGCAGAGAAUAGCAUGAAUAAAUAUUAUGUCAUGUUGCAGGAGUUUCUCAAUUGGGACUUUAGCUGUUUGGAGAACAUGCAGAAGUACAAGAUGUGCAUUAAUGAGGAGAUCCCCUUGCGAUUCAAGAGCGAGGAAGAUUACUACAGAUUUUUUAAACCUAUGGUCCUGGAAGAGUGUAGGUGUUGCAUCGUUAACAAAAUGACGGGCAGUACACACAAAUACGUUCUAAACUUGGUAGCGAAGAAGAAAACGUCGUACUGGAUAGAAUGGCAGAUGUCGUUAGCAAAUGAGAACAAGGCAAUCGCCGAUAGCUUAAAGCCAAUGGAUUUGAUUGCAUUAAUUCCAUUCGAAAGUGAGAGCAACGUUUUGUUGGAUAACGACAAAGGGACUGUUAAAUAUCAUAAUUUGAAAAAGAUAUUAAAAUACAAUAAACAUUUAAUAGGGUUGGUAGAUUUUUCCAUGAAUAAAACGGAAAAUAUGUGCGACGUUAAGUUAAUUAAUGAAGACAUUUUUCCUCAAAAAUCGGGAAAUGAAAAAAAUAGAUUAAAAUUAAAUUGUCUUACGUGUAAUAAAUUCAAUGCCUAUUUUUUGUGUAACUUAAUGACAAAUAUAAGAGAAUUUCAGAGUGUGUAUUUGAGUAGGAACUCCUCCCUAUUUAACAUAGUUCUAAACCCUACGUUGUGUAAUAGCAACUUGAAGGAAACAAAAAAGAGGUCCUUUAGUAAUGGUUGCUUGAAUGAAGAAAAUAGGGGAGCGAAUGACAUGUGGAGAAAUAAUUUAACCAGCUUGGAAAAGUACAUAUUGAAUGUUAUGAAAGAUUAUAAUUUAUUAAAUGAGUCUCAAAUAGAGGCCGUUAAAAUGGUUUUUCUAAAUAAAAAUAGCAUUUCGUUAAUACAAGGCCCACCAGGUACAGGCAAGACGAAAACAGUUAUUGGGAUUAUAUCCGCUUUGUACGCAAUUAUUAAUCACAGGAAUAAUGAGGAAAAAAGAGAACUAGCAAAAAAAAAGAAGGAUUGUGCUUAUAAUGAGCAGAGCGAAAAUUGCAAUAAAAAAAUUUUGGUUUGUUCCCCCUCCAAUUCUGCAAUCGAUGAGAUUGCCAAGAGGGUCCUAAAUGAUGGGUUAAUAAAUUUUGUCAAUAUUGGUGAAUCGAAAAGUGGUGGCAAAAAGAGCAGCGGCAGCAGUAGCAACAACAGCAGCAACAACAGCAGCAACAAUAGCAGCAACAAUAGCGGCAACAACAGCUGCAAUAACAGCAUCAACAGCAACAAUAGCAGCAACAACAGAAGCAACAUGAGCGUAUUUUUGGGCGGUGGCCAGGUUAAGGGUGUAACGAAUUCAAAGAUGAAGAAAAUGCUGAACGCACAAAAUGCACACAAAAGAGUGAAAAGCGGGAGUGCAGAGGAAAGCCGUACUAGGGAUAGGGACUUCCGAAAACAAACCAUCACGCCCAAAUGCAUCAGAAUAGGUAUAUCGAAGAGGACACAUGAAGAAAUACAACCCAUUUCGCUAGAUUACAUAUUCAGUAAGAGAAAAAAUAUGGAAAAAAACGUGUACGAAACGCGCUUUAAUGAUAAAAAGAAUAAAAUGUCUCUUUCUCUGAAGGCGAUAGAUCACACAUGUAACAGAGUGGAAGAAGUGAGAGGCAAAUUAAAUCACAACGAUUCUAAGAAGUACUGUUUCGAUUUUAACGAAACCAAAUCCAAAUCAUCAUCGCUUGAAAAAAUCGAAAAUGUAAACGAUUUUUUUCCAGAAGAAAUUAUAAAUAAUGUGGAUAUAAAAUAUUUAGAAAAAUUGUUAUACCUAUUUAAUGAAUCUUUUUCUCAUUACGAAUGGAGUUUGGAAAAACUAAAAGCAGAAAAAAAAUGCUUUGACGAGAAGAAAAAAAAACUGAUAGAUACCGACAAGGAAAUAGGUUCCUUCUAUGCAAAUAGUAAUAAAGACAAUAUGGUUUUCGAAAGUGAAGUGAUAUUUAGCACCCUAUCAGGAAGUGCAUCUCCCGUAAUUGAGAACUUAGAAUUUGAAUAUUUAAUAAUAGAUGAAGCUUGUCAGUGUGUGGAAUUAAGUUGUUUAAUACCUUUCAGAUUAAAAAUUAAAAAUGUAAUUAUGUUGGGAGAUCCAAAGCAAUUGCCAGCCACCACAUUUUCGUCUGAUUGUACAAAAUAUGGGUACAGUAGAUCAUUAUUUGAAAGGCUGUUAUUGUGUAAUGCUCCAAACGUUUUGCUGAAUGUGCAGUAUCGUAUGAGAGAAGAAAUUUGCUGCUUCCCGAACAUGUAUUUUUACAAGGGGUUGAUAAAAAAUGAUGAAAAUUUAAUGAACAAGCCGUCAUUUUAUUUGCAUUAUUUAAAUCUAUAUGGGUGUUAUAAAUUUAUCAAUAUCGAGGGAAUAGAGUCCACUACAUGUCAUAAGUCGUACAUUAAUUAUGUGGAGGCCUACUUCAUAUUCAAAUUAGUAUUAUACAUUCACCACUUUUUUAGUAACAAAAAUGAUGAAAAUCCAAUUCCUAGUUUUUACAAAUUAUCUGCUAAUUUUAGCUUAAGUGAUAUAGGAAUUAUUUGUCCGUACCUAUCUCAAGUGCAUUUAAUAAAAAGAAUGUUUGAAGGUUAUUUUCCAUCGAGUAGCUCUCCAGAAGUUUCCACGGUGGAUGCGUUUCAAGGGAGAGAAAAGAGCAUCAUCAUUUUUUCUUGUGUGCGUUCAAAUCGUCAGGCGCUGGAAAUGUUUAGAAACAGGGAUGAAUUAGAAAGUGAAAGUGGGAAUUUUUAUCCACGUGGGAAAAGGGGAGGUUAUCGUAGUUAUAGUGACCGCAGUUUGGAUGACACCCCUUUUGACGACGCCACUUCGGAUGAUUCCUAUGUUGACGAGUUGCAUACGAAAAAGUGGUUCAACGUGGACCGGAAAUGUGUGCCAACUGAGAAUGACUUCAAAUCGGUACAUAAUAAACGUGGAAAUAAUAUCGGGUUUUUAAAAGAUGAAAGAAGAUUAAAUGUGGCUCUUACCAGGGCGAAGGAUUGCUUAUGGAUAAUAGGAAAUAAAAAAAAUUUAGAAAAAAACGCCAUGUGGGAUUCGUUAAUAAAAAAUGCAGUUGCAAGAAAUUAUUAUUCAGAUUUAGAUCUAAAUUUUGGCCGGAGUACCACAGAGGAAAACAUAAAAGGCAUAAUUGAUACGUAUUUUUCUCAAAUUGGUAAGAAUGCAACGGAAGGGAAAAACUGCAAAGAUGGUGAAAAUGACAUAAAUCACGAGAUAUUUAGCUCAUCCAAUUCUGAGAGUAGCAUAAAUGGAUUAAAAAAAAAUAACGGAAGUCUCUUUAAAGAAAGAAAAGAUUUUUCGCGAGUAAAUUAUAUCACUGGGACUGAGAAAAAAUUGAAAACCAACAUGAAUGCGAGUACCGUGCCACAACGUGAAUUUAUGUUCAGCAAGGCUUAUACUGGCAACAGAUAUUGGGGGAAAGGCGAAAAUGGAAAAAAUGGAACCAUGAAAAAUGGUAAUUUUGGGAAGAACGUGAAAAAAAGGCCAAACGAUGGCAGCAGAGAAGCCGAGCAAGAGGAACUGUUCCUAAAAAAACGGAGACACAACUACUGA